AUGUAUGAGAAAAAUUUCAAACGAUACAUGUGUGACGAAUGCUCAAAUGAAUAUAAACAAUAUAGGAGUCUUAGACGGCACAAGGUUGAAAAACAUACAGCAUUAAGAAGAUAUCGUUGUGGUGUAAAUGGAUGUCAAUCUACCUUUAUAAGGAAAGGAUACUUAAAAAAUCAUUUAAUUCACGUGCAUGAUUUUACCUUGGGUCAAGCGAGACAAUAUGUUCUUUACAGUGAUAGAGGGAGUAACAACACAUUUCAAGAAAAAAUCAAUGACUUUGACAUUAACCUCCUCGACGAUAGCUGCAAAGUAGAUAGCAACAACAACAGCAGCAACAACAACAACAACAAAGACAUAGUAACAGUUGAAGUCAAAAUUAAUUCUGAAAACCUUAGUCAUGCUAUUUAUAGUGACAUUUCUAGUGCAGAAUUAGAAUCAGAAAAAAGUUUCGACAUUGGUCAAGACCCAGAUAUAAGCAUUGAUUGUUAUGAUGAAACAAGAAGUGACGUCAAUGAUAAUAAACUGACAGCAACAGAUGAUAAUGAAAGUACAAAGGCUUAUGAUUAUAGCGACAGUAUUGAUAAAAUGAAAAUUCAGUCUGUUGCUAACGACACAAGUCAUGAUGAAUUAGAUUUGAAUUAUAAUGAUGGCAAUAUUAUUGAAAAUGAUGAACUUAAACAUACAAGCGACAUUGAUGACGUCGACAAUAAUAUAAAUGAAUUAAAUGCUGAUGUUUAUGCUAAAGUUGACACAACAGAUUCCCAAUCUGAGGAUAACGUGCAUAUAAAUUGCGAGGAUGACGAGUAUACGAAUUGCGACGAUUACGAAGAUGACGUCAGUACAAAUUGCGAGAAUGACGCGAAUUCAAAUAUGAAUGCUGACAGUGAAAAUGAGAAUCUUGACAUUAAAUCCACUAAUGAUAGUGAUGAACAUACUGAUAAUGAUGUUAGUUUAAAUGGAGAAGUCAGUGGUGAUGAUUGCGAUGAUAGCUUUAGUAAUGAUGACGUAAACAGUAAUAAUGAUGACGUCAUUUUGAUAAGUGACAAUGAAACUAAUAUAGAUGAAAGUGCGCUUGAAACUACACACGACAUAAGACGAAUAACUUUGUACCAUUGUUUGACAUGGAGAACAGUGUAUACUUACAGAGGGAAUGAUAUAAUACAUGAAGAAGAAUAUGUAACUGGUGAUCGAUGGAUAAAAUGA